CAGGCGCCCCGGGGCCGUGCCGGGCCGUGCCGGGAGGGAGGAUGCUGCGGGCGGGCUGUCGCGCCGCGCUACCCCGCCGCCCCCCGGGCUCCGCGCCGCUGAGCGGGGCCGGCGGGGCGCCGCCCGGGGGGACCGAGGCGGCGGCGGGGCUGAAGCGGACGCCGCUGGACGCCCUGCACCGGUCCCGCGGCGGGCGGAUGGUGCCGUUUGCCGGCUGGAGCCUGCCGCUGCACUACGGGCAGGGCCACCUCCAGUCCCACCUGCACACUCGCCGCCACUGCUCGCUCUUCGACGUCUCGCACAUGCCGCAGACGCGGGUGUACGGCCGGGACCGUGUCAGGUUCAUGGAGAGCCUGGUGGUGGGGGACAUCGCCGAGCUGAAGCCGGGACAGGGCACCCUGACACUGCUCACCAACGAGAGGGGUGGCAUCGUGGAUGACCUCAUUGUCACCAACACAUCAGAAGAUCACCUCUACGUGGUGUCCAAUGCUGGCUGCGCUGACAAGGACUUGGCCAUUAUGAGGGGCAGAGCAGCGGAGCUGCAGGCCGCCGGCAGUGACAUUCAUCUGGAAGUGUCGGACAACGCGCUGCUGGCUCUGCAAGGUCCCUCCAUGGCACGGGUGCUGCAGGCAGGGCUGUCGGAUGACCUAGCCAAGCUCUCCUUCAUGAAUAGCAUUACCACAACAGUCUUUGGCGUGCCAGGCUGCCGGGUCACGCGCUGCGGCUACACCGGCGAGGAUGGUGUAGAGAUCUCAGUGCCUGCAGGGCAGGCGGUGGAGCUGGCCGAGCGGCUGCUGCAUGUCCCCGAGGUGUGGCCGGCGGGGCUGGCGGCCAGGGACAGCCUGCGCCUGGAGGCCGGGCUCUGCCUCUAUGGCAACGACAUCGAUGAGACCACCACACCUGCUGAGGCCGGGCUGCUGUGGACCUUGGGGAAGCGGCGACGCACAGCCAUGGACUUCCCCGGUGCGGCUAUCAUCAUGGCACAAGUGAAAGAGAAGCCGAAACGCAAGCGCGUGGGGCUGACAUCAGUGGGACCCCCCAUACGGCCCCACAUGGUGAUCCUGGGCCCCAAGGGCACGCCUGUGGGCACUGUGACCAGCGGCUGCCCCUCGCCCUCCCUGGGCAAGAACAUCGCCAUGGGCUACGUGGAGGCAGCGCACAGCCGGGCUGGCACCGCACUCGCCGUCGAGGUGCGGAAGAAGCAGCAUCCAGCAGUCGUCACCAAGAUGCCCUUUGUGCCCACCCAGUACUACAUGGCCAAAUGAGGCCAGUGCCCGCCAUGGGCAUGGUGCCCCGGCCCCAAUAAAGCCCCUGCCCCACUC